AUGGCCAUAACUGCUACUGCAACAACCGCAACUCUCUCAUUCCUCCCUUCGCUAAGCUUCUCUUCACCAUCACUGCCAUCAUCAUCCUCUUCCUCUUCCUCUUCUUUUUUCUUUACAGGUAGGAAACUUGCAUCUCCAUCCGUAUUAACUGUGAAGUUCAACAAGACAAAGGCCUAUAACAAUGGUUCUGGACUUUCCAUUUAUGCUUCUGGGGAUUACUAUGCUACUCUUGGGGUCCCCAAAUCUGCUAGCGGUAAAGAAAUUAAAGCUGCUUAUAGAAGGUUAGCUCGUCAGUACCACCCUGAUGUCAACAAGGAACCGGGAGCAACUGAAAAGUUUAAGGAGAUUAGUGCUGCAUAUGAGGUGCUAUCAGAUGAUAAAAAGAGGGCUCUGUAUGAUCAAUAUGGUGAAGCUGGAGUUAAGAGUACAGUAGGGGGGCCUUCAAAUGCUUAUACGACUAAUCCUUUUGACCUAUUUGAGACAUUCUUUGGGCCGAGCAUGGGUGGUUUUCCUGGCAUGGACCAAACUGGGUUCAGGACACGUCGUCGUACUACUGUUACUAAGGGUGAAGACAUACGCUAUGACAUUAGUUUAGAAUUUUCUGAGGCUAUAUUUGGAGCUGAAAAGGAGUUUGUGCUUACUCAUCUGGAGACAUGCGAAGUUUGUGCUGGUACUGGAUCAAAGAUGGGCUCCAAGAUGAGGAUAUGCGCAACCUGUGGUGGCAGGGGUCAAGUUAUGAGAACUGAGCAAACACCCUUUGGCUUGUUCUCACAGAUGGGAAGGUACACAAUGAAUUCUCAUGUGAUAAAGGUAGCAACAGCAGCGACAGUGAGCAAAACAUUGGUUAUAUGGCUUGACAAUAUGCUAGAAAUAGCAGUGGCACUUCACUGGAGGAGUGAUGUUAUUUGGCUUAAAAACUUUUCUAUGGUAUCUGUCUGUCCCAGUUGUGGUGGGGACGGUGAAGUCAUUUCUGAAUACUGUCGAAAAUGCUCUGGCGAGGGAUGUGUGCGUGUUAAGAAAAAUAUCAAAGUCAAGGUUCCUCCUGGAGUUGGUGCAGGCAGUAUUCUCAGAGUAGCUGGAGAGGGUGAUGCUGGACCUAGAGGUGGCUCUCCAGGUGAUCUUUAUGUGUAUCUUGAUGUUGAAGAGAUAACAGGAAUCCAAAGAGAUGGCAUUAAUCUCAUCUCAACAAUAUCUAUCAGUUACAUUGAUGCAAUACUGGGGACUGUUGUUAAGGUGAAAACAGUUGAAGGAAUAAGCGAACUUCAGAUUCCACCUGGUACACAGCCUGGGGAUGUGCUAGUCCUGGCUAAGAAAGGUGCACCUAAACUGAAUAAACCAUCCAUACGUGGUGAUCACUUAUUUACUAUUAAAGUUGCAAUACCAAAGCGUAUAAGUGCCAAGGAGCGUGAAUUGCUUGAAGAACUUGCUUCACUGAGUAAUAAUAAAACCAGUCGAUCACGAACUCGGCCCAAAACUCAGCCUGCCACCAGAGGCGGGGAAAGUGAGGAGAAAACUGUUUCUGAGAGCACUGAGGAAUCAGGAGAUCAAAAUGACCCAUUGCAGAAGUUAAAAGAUUUUGUGGGACUCGGGACUGGAAUCCAAAGUCCAAACAUGGCAGAAUCCCGUGAAAGACAUUAA